CUUCUCGUUCGUUUUCCGGACUUCCUCAUCCCAUGCCCUAAGAAAAAACUCUUCUCCCCCUAAAAUUUCCCUCCCUAUCUCUGCAGCAAUUUUCAGAAAGAAAAUGUCAAAGACAGCAUCAGAUUCCGGAAGCAAUACUGCAGCAGUUCAAGCCACCAACGAUGAUGCUUCCGCCAGCAAACUAUCGUGUAUACGGAAAGGAUAUAUGAAAGAUGACUACAUACACUUGUUUGUAAGAAGGCCAGUGAGGAGAUCUCCAAUAAUAAACCGUGGAUACUAUGCUCGUUGGGCUGCUCUCAGAAAGAUGCUCCUUGAGUUUCUCAGUUAUGGAAAGAAUAAUGAUGACAGAUGCUGUGGAAAGAAACAGAUAUUAUCUCUUGGAGCUGGAUUUGAUACAACCUACUUCCAAUUGCAGGACGAAGGGAAUGCACCCCAUUUGUACGUGGAGCUGGAUUUUAAGGAGGUGACUAGCAAGAAGGCGGCUCUUAUUAACACCAGCCAGUUGAGGGAUAAAUUAGAAGAAACAACAUCCAUUUCACCUGAAAAAGGUGAAGUACUAGGUGACCAUUACAAGCUACUUCCAGUUGAUUUGCGUGAUAUAGGGAAGCUAGAUGAUCUGAUAGCUUACGCCAAGAUGGACCCCAGCCUGCCGACAUUUAUAAUUGCAGAGUGUGUUCUGAUAUACUUGGAUCCAGAGUCAAGCCGUUCCAUUGUCGGCUGGGCUUCAAAAACAUUUUCAACUUCAAUAUUCUUCUUAUAUGAGCAGAUUCUUCCGGAUGAUGCUUUUGGGCAGCAAAUGAUCAGAAACUUAGAGAGUAGAGGAUGUGCCCUCUUGGGAAUAGAUGCUACACCAACUUUGCAAUCAAAAGAAAGACUCUUUCUUGACCGGGGUUGGCAGAGGGCUGUUGCUUGGGACAUGCAGAAUGUUUACAGCAAGUUCAUAGACCAGAAAGAGAGGCGCAGGAUUGAGCGGUUAGAAUUGUUUGAUGAAUUUGAAGAAUGGCACAUGAUGCAGGAACACUAUUGUGUGGCCUAUGCAGUCAACGAUGCCAUGGAUUUGUUUGGUAACUUUGGCUUCAAGGAGAAAACAGAAGCGGGUGCGGUUAGUGCGGAUUGAGGGCUACUUUGCGGACCUAACUAUAAGUUCUUGGCAGAUAUACAAUUAAUCAUUUUAGCGCGACGAGUUUCACUUUUUGUAUUUGUGAACUCUGGAUUUGGAUUAUGUAAUAUUAUUCUUCCCGUCAUUUAUUGAAACUGACCAUGUAUGUGAAUAUGUGAUGAGUAGUGAUGGUGAAUGAGGGACAGCUAGUUUUGCCUAAAAUAUACUCGUUGGACUUUAGUCAAACAA